UGGUUUAGCAUUUCCUGGAGGGUCAAAUUCUACACCGACUUCAUUCUUCUGGACUUUACCUCGUUUAUUUGAUUGUGUUGCUGAAAAUGGCUUUGGCAGAGUGGUCGAUAUAUAAGUGAGAGUGUGUUAUUGGUAUUAUAGAAGAACUCAGCUGAUGUAAGAGUCGGCGUAGAGGUCAGACAAACAUUAGUAGUGUGUCAUUUUAAUUGAUUAGUUAAUAGUUACGAGUCUGCGAAUUGUCAUUGUAGAAAUAGCGUUCUUUGUUUUGCUAGACAUCAUAGAGACUCUAGUUGAUUUUAGGCUUUAGUUCUGUCCCAGAGACUAUUGCCAUUACCAAUGGUUAAGACAACAUAAUGAUCCGACGUACCGUAAGUUUCCUUACAAUCCAAAUAAUGUAAAUGUGCUUAGAACAUCGGUGCGAGUGCAAUGCAACACAGACUUCCACUACCGCACACGGCAAAACAAUCCAAACUUUACCCUCAAACCUUAUCUUCAAACUGUUCAGGCUUGGCUGUUUCCCCAAUAGAUGGUGCACUCCAGGGACCAGAAAACACUGAAGAGACAUUCUCUUUUCAGUCGGCUGUAUGUUAAUAUCGUACUAACAGGGGGUGUGACCAUCUCUGAGGGUCAAUGUUCAGGUGGAUUUUGGGAUUAUCUGCCCAGAGACUCAGGAUCGGGCUGCAAAACAGGAUGUCAACUUUGUGUUCCCCGCUGGCUGCAGUCUGUCAGGUGACGUCCACGCCGGACAAGGAUGCCAAUUUCUCCUCCUGCAAACGGCUGGUGGAGGAAGCCAAAGAGCGUGGCGCGAGCAUGGUCUUCAUGCCUGAAGGCUUCGACUACAUCGGAUCCAGUCGAGAGGAAACACUGUCACUGUCUGAGAGUCUGACUGGAGACACCAUUUCUCGAUAUGCUCAGCUAGCAAGGAACUUGAAGUUGUGGCUUUCUCUGGGUGGCUUUCAUGAACGAGGACCUGAAUGGGAGACGGACAGACGGAUAUAUAACAGUCACAUCAUCAUAAAUGACAAAGGUGACAUUGUGUCAGUCUACAGGAAGUCACAUUUGUUUGAUGUGGAAAUACCAGAAAAAGGAGUUUCUCUCAAGGAGAGUGCAUUCACCAUUCCAGGACACUCUCUUUCAUCUCCAGUCCAAACUCCUAUUGGCAAUGUCGCCUUGGGCAUUUGCUAUGAUCUGAGAUUCCCUGAGUUAUCACUUGCUCUGCAAAAACAUGGCGCUGAUAUCCUGACCUACCCGUCAGCUUUCACUGUUGCCACAGGAGCUGCUCACUGGGAGGUGUUGCUUCGUGCACGUGCAAUUGAGACCCAGUGUUACGUAGUGGCAGCAGCUCAGGUUGGUGUGCACCACCAGAAGCGCUCGUCGUACGGUCACACCCUGGUGGUGGACCCGUGGGGCGAGGUGCUGGGAGACUGCGGAGGAGAGAAGCCGGGCAUGGUGUUGGUGGGCAUCGACCUGGACAAAGUCAGCAGAACCAGAAGAAACAUGCCGGUCAUGCAGCACCGCAGAGACUCAAGCUUUUAUCAAAGUGUGGAGGAGUUUUCAAAUUGAUCCCAGACGUGUCUCCAAAAACACAGCUGUUUUUUUUAGCGCUGCUUUAAGAUACAGUCAUCUCUUGCCACCCAACAGUGGUGGAGCCUGUAAUCGUUCUCAUUGUCCUUGUAAUGUCUGGUAAUGAAGUCAUUUUAAAAAAAUUAUGUUAUUUCUUCAGGCUUUCUCUUGGUCAGGGCUUUCUACCCACUGUGAUGAAGAAACACAUAGAAGGAUCAUUGCUUUUUUUGAGUUAAGCCCUUUUGUUUUUCAUAUUCCAAAACUUGAAUGCCAAUUAUUUGACUGCAGUGAGCAGAUGACAGAGAAAUGUUUACUGAGAUGAUUCUCAUCCUAAUUGUCUUCUCCACUCACCGAGGAGUGGAAGAGGAUGGAAAAUGACGUGGGUGUAAGUUUUCAGAUCAGUUAUAACCAUGAAUAAAUUCUACAAGAAUA